AUGAGCUACACCUGGCCACGCGCCAGGCCAGAUGCUCAAUGGAUUCCUGCGGGGCCUCUUGCGCAAUUCCCAGACGUGGCCGGUGACGAUGGCAAUCUAAUCCAGCCCAGGAGAUGCGACGCCAAGAGCCUGCCCGGUUGCCGCAUCUUGCAUGUCCCCAAGACGGAUCCUUCCAAGGCCGCCGAGAUUGCCAUUCCCGCAGGCGCGGCGACAUCUCCGACCGAGGGCCAAGACUUGAAGGACCAGGUACUAGUGUUCCGAUACCGAGACAGGAUGCACGCCGUCGACCAUCAAUGCCCACACAACGCAUACCCGCUGUCCAACGGGACCGCCUUCGACAUAGAAGACUUUGGCGUCGUCCUCAGCGCAGCCCUCACCUGCCCAAAACAUGGAUGGUCCUUUGACAUCUUCACUGGUCAGUCCGACCGUGGUUCCUAUAAGCUUCCUGUCUGGGAGAUCCAGGUCAGGGAUGCACACGGCGAUCCAUGGUCCGGCAGUCUCAGAAGCGGAACCCUAAAUGGCGAAACUGUAUGGGUGAGGAGGCGACAAAGAAUCGGCUAA